UUUAAUAAUGGCGAAUGAAAUGGAUAAAUCUCACUACAUGGAUUAUGUAGAAUAUUGUAUUGAUGAUAUAGAAAAACGUGGAAAUGACAUCAUUAAUAAGACUAUGGAAGUGAAAACAGAACUGAUAAGGUUCGUGAAGGAACGGCAACACCGCGACAGAUCAGUGAUUGAGGAACGGUUCCGCAGCGGUAAUCAUACUAAAGGAAAUAAUACUAGUCCCGCUAUUUUUAGACCGGGUGCAAUUGAUUUAAGCAGCAUCAACGAACUGUAUGGUGACAUUCUUCUUUCGUAUGAAAACGGAAAAUUUUCAUUAAGUACGAAUAAAUCAUUAGAAAUCAAACACAUCACGAAUAUCAAGCUCAUUAUCCCAACAAAUAAUUCCAAGGCAUGGAUCUACGGCGACUCAAAUGAAGGUGUAAAAGUAAAUCAGUUGGGAUCCAUCGAAAAAUCUAUAUUUAUCGAUUCAGUUGAACACGCUUCUAGACAAGGUCAUGAAUUCAUUGUGACAUCGUCUGAUAUGUUGACAAUACGGCGAAUUCAAGAAAACGGAACAAUAAGAUCAGAAAUGACUACCUCGCCAUUAUUUCCCCUGGGAACUCACGUGACCGAUGAUGGAGACAUUUUAGUGUGUCUAGUUGACAGAUAUGAUUUUUCUGUAACAACCAGGAGCAGACGACUAAUCAUGAUAUACCACCACAUGGGAAUUAUCCCCACUGAACUGGAAUACGAAAAAGGAAAUCGAAUAUUUACUCUUCCGAACCGUGUUACGUCAUCGAAGAAAAAUGUGAUCGCUAUUGAUGUUCAAUCCCGUUCAAGGAGUAGAAUUUUAUGCUUGAGUCAUAACGGUAAAAUGAUGUUUGAAUUUAGCAGACAAGGACAUUUCUGUCCCUGUGACGUAUGUGCCACACCAGAUCAAGAAAUACUGGUACUAGAUGAGGCCACACAUUCAAUAUACGUACUGAAUAUUGAUGGAUUAGUAUUAUCAACAGUACGCUUAUCGGACUUUUGUAUCGAGCAACCAUCGACGAUGGCCUUCGAUACCAGAAACAACGAAUUAUGGCUUGGACAUUCCAGUAAUAAGAUAACAAUAUUUACAAUUGGUGAUGUGAGCAAAUCAGAAAAAGUGCAGUCGGAAUUAGAACCAAAAGAGAUCACAAAUGUAGAAAGUGAAGAGACUUGGUUUUAACAAUUCAUGAUUUGAAAUACUUUUUUAAAUUAAAAAACAAAUAUUAUUUAACAUUUCGAUGUCAGUCCCUAAAGUCAGUAUAUGCCGAUAAAAGGCCGCGAAAAAAAUAUUUUACGUUACGUUUGUUGACAAAUACUAUGCGGAACUGUAUACUUCGUAAUGCUUCAAUUUUUAUGUUUCAACACAUUGAUUAUCAAGUAAAACAUACUAGUUAAACAUUUUAGUCAAAGUGAUCAUUUUCAAUUAAAUGCGGUCAUGUUUUUCUCUCUCUCAAUUAUGUUACUUUAUAAAGUACUGUUUUACACAUCUUCAUUUUAUUAAUAUAUACUUGGGU